ACGGUACCUGAAGACAAGGAGGACGCGCUGAAGAGGGGCCAGUUCUUCCUCAACAGCCGACUGGGUGGGCUUAUGUAGGGGGAAGGGGUCACAGGUCAUCUGGAGGUGGAUUAAAGGUCGUCUGGAGGUGUAUCUCCCAGUGGCAGGAUGGCGGGGGUGAAUGGAGACCGUAAAGGGAAGAAAGAUGACAAUGGGAUCGGCACAGCCAUUGACUUCAUGCUUUCCAAUGCCAAGCUGGUGCUGGGAGUGGGAGGAGCAGCCAUGCUCGGCAUUGCAACGCUUGCUGUCAAAAGAAUGUAUGACCGGGCCAUAAGUGCUCCCACCAGCCCCACCGGUAUGGAGCCGACAGGAAAGAGAAGCUGGGAGGAGCCAGCCUGGAUGGGUUCGUCACCACGGGUGCUGAACCACGACAUGAAGUCCACAGUUAGCAGGUCUCUGCAGUCUCUGCCCACUUCCUCACAUGCUUUUGAACCAGACUGUCUGCGGAGGGCUCUGGGUCGAGCUGCGGUGGGAGGCAGCGGUGCCACUCAGUCAGACCUGCAGCGGGCCCGGAUGCGUCUGUCGCUGCAGGAACAUCUGUGGGAGUUCUACCAAAAUAACGUGAACAUCCCCUCGGAGGAGCAGGCUCUGGCUCGGAGAGCAGCGCUGGACAUCUGUGCCGAACUCAGAGUGUUCCUUCACGCCAAACUGCCCGACAUGCCGCUCAGAGAGAUGUACCUGAGUGGCAGUCUGUAUGAUGACCUGCAGGUGGUGACAGCGGACCACGCCCAGCUCAUGGUGCCUCUGAUCUUGGAGAAGAACCUGUGGUCGUCCGUCCCUGGGGAGGACACCAUCAUGAACGUCCCAGGUUUCUGGCUCGUCCGCAGGGAGAACUUGGAGUAUUUCCCACGGAACAGCAGCUACUGGGACCGCUGCAUGGUCGGAGGUUACCUCUCUCCUAAAUCAGUCCUUGAAGUGUUUGACAAGCUUGUGGCGGGCUCGAUCAACUGGCCGGCUAUAGGGAGCGUCCUCGACUACAUCAUUCGUCCUGUCGUUCCCUCAGAAACACUGACCCUGGAGGUGCAGUACGAGACGGACCGGAAACUGUACGUGGACUUCUUACCGUUACUUGUGAUGGAAGACGGAACCUCACUGAUCGCCAAACCACAUCGACUAGCUGCAGAGCGCCAUGAAAACCUGUGGCGGCAGAGCUUCCGCGUGGCUGAGACGGCACGACUCAGGGCCCUGGACCAGGAGGACGGAGGCUGCCGAUGCGCCUGCCUGAAGCUGGCGAAAGCCGUGUGCAAGCUCAACCCUGCCCUUAACCGGCUCAACGCCAGCCAGCUCACCAACGCCAUCUUGUUGCUGUGCGAAAAAGAAGGCGACUGGACCCAAGAAGCGCUGGCUGACCGCUUCCUUCAACUGCUACGAGCGCUGGUGGGACACCUAGAGGCCGGGAGGCUGCCGUGCGCCCUCAGCCCUAAAGUUAACUUAUUCUGUGAGCUGACUGCACAGGAAGUAGACGAGCUGGGGUAUACACUCUACUGUGCCCUCUCAGAUCCCGAGGGGCUGCUGAGAACUGCUGUGGCACAGCCGCCCAACCCCUGACAACCUCGAAUACAAACGUCACUACACGGCAACAUGGCAUUGAAACAUCAAACACUGUUGUGCUGGCAGUGGUGACCUCGAGCCGUAAUGAGGUCCCUGAGGGGGAAAAAACAACUGCAUGGAUUCAUCCUCUCUCCUGAAACACUCGGUCUCUUCUGUCUUAACCGCCAUCAGUGAGAAAACAGGAUACACACAGUAGCAGUUAUCUGUUGAGUCUUGACAUGAAAGCUGUAUGUGGUGUGAUACUAUUUUAAUCUCAUAAGAAAGUGAAGGCCCGUUUGAAUCCACGGCUCUCACUAAAGCCACUGUAUUAAUGAAGUUAAAAGGCGUCAUGCUGCUACGGCUCUAAUACAUCGGGAUUAAGUCUAAACAGACGGGAAAUACAUGACGUCUGAGAUACAGUUUGUACAUCUGCAUCAUAAUGAGCUCUUUUUAACUGGUUGGAGAGUUUCAGGAGGACAUGCCAUUAAAUGUUGUCCACUCUGUUUUGAGAUAGGUCCAACUCACUGUGUCAAAGAGUAGUGUAAUGUUGAUCUUGUGUAAGCUAAUGAAUUGUCAGUCAGCCUAAAGAGACGCACUAACUGUCUUUUCUCUCCGUUUGGUAUCAGAUAUAAUCUUAAAGGUCCAGCGCGUAGGAUUUAGUGGCAUCUAGUGGUGAGGUUGCAGAACUGAAACUUAUCCCUAGUGCCAAGCCUGUCGGAGAGAGCUAGUGUAGAACAACAUGGCGGACUUGUAUGUAGAUAUAAACCAACAAUCCUUAUUUAGCGAUGAAUAUUAAAUACCAUUUCUGCCAAUAGAUGCCCCUAAAUCCUACAAACUGGUCCUUUAAACGCUGCUGGUGUGAAGUCAGGGUUUUUGUCAGAACUUCAUUAAUACAGUGGCUGCGUUUAAGAUGUAUGCUUUCCAUAUCUGCAGGGAUCUGCAUAAAACGAACAUUAGGCUGUGAUUGGAAUGUGUGCAGCUUGCAUGUGUUACCUAAUCUAGAAAUCAAACAGGUGAAUAUACACUGAGUUAUAUGUCGAUGUCUAUUUGUAAUACUUCAAACUCACCAUUCAACUAUGAAUCAGAAGUAAAGUUGAAUCCACAAAUGGAAUAUGCUUGAGUUAAUGGAAAUGUGAAGUUUUCUGGUUUGUCGCUGAUCAUGAAAUUUGAACAAUGUUUCCAUGUGACUGUGUCUAAUACAGAGCUGCUCUUUGUUCGUUACGACAAGGAGGUCUCU